AUGGAAGACCUUCGGAGACUGCUUGUCGAGGGUGGUCGACAGGAAAUGCUACUUCCCUUGAAGAAAGAGAUGGAUAAUUACUAUGUCUUCCCGAAGGUUGAGGUGAUCUGUGGCCAACCCCGGAUUUUGUGGGAGACGCCUAUGAAUGGUAGCACACUCGACGCACAACUCAGGACAUCCAGUGAGAUACACGGCUUCCUUAAUCAUUUCUUCUCUCACCAAUUUCGAUACGGAGGAGGUGAUUUACUUGACAAGAGUGGUUUUGUCAGUGAAGCACAGCGUAAUGUGAUCAUGGCCCACGCCACUAGCAGAACGUUUAUCAAACAUUAUCGUCCUCGUCGGCAUACUGGCUUACAAGAGAUCAUGUGCGGCCUCAAGCCAGACGAAGAGUUCUCGAAGGCUGUGACCCGGAUGAGCCGUUGGAUUGAUCGGCGACGACCACGAUACCUGAGCGACGCUGAUCGGGAAUCAGUGGAGAAAGACCCAGAACUGCAAUCAGCCAUACGCUGGCAAGUUGAUUUAGAGACCCAGUGCGCUGAUCGCUCUCACAACCCAGCAUUGCGGGCGAUGCUGGAGGACCAGAAGCGUCAAGUCCACAAUCUGCGCCGGCGUCUGCAAGACAAACGGCGGAAAGAAACACGCCGCGAUUUCAGUCGGAAACAGGCGGUGAUUGACAUUGAAAGACAGCUGACUGGUGGGGCUGUCAGUGAUGAGCCUGCGCGCGAGGUAUUACGGAAGGAGUUUGAAAUGCCAUCGGAGCAGAUUCUUCUCGUGGAGACGUUCUUUACUUGGCCCACCACCGAUUCAUUAGAAGACGAGUGGACGCGGCGCAACAAAGCUGUUGCGGCUGGGAUACAAUAUUGCAGCUUUCAGGAGGGUGGGCCCCUUAGGGGACGACGGAAGCGCUCUGCCCCGUCCGACAAUGAGGAUGUCGUUCCCUCUCCGCCAGCUCGAAAGAUAAGAGCUGAUACGCAGCUGAACACGUCGUGGGAGAGGGGAUGUACCUCUGGCGGGAAAUAUAUCCCGAAUGCAGAGCAAACAUUCGCAUGCUUCCAAUGCCCCAAGACAUACUCCGACUAUAAUGGAGUGAAAAGGCAUUUCAGGACAUCACAUCUGACGGACCGAAAAUGUAAUUUUUGCGAUUUGUCCGUCCUGCACGAGAUGCACUUGCGGCGGCAUGCUUCUGACGCUCAUGGUCUUCGAACAUGA